AUUUUUUAAUAAUGGAAAACAAAGAGUUAGAGUAGGAAAUCAAAAAAAAGAUUACAAAUAUCCCUUUGAAAGAUAGAGCAAAAGUAACAGCUCUUAGAUAUUAUUUAAAUAAAUGUAAAUAAGCUGAUAAGGACAUGGAAAGUACUUGUGAUAACAUUUAAUCGAAAUAUGAUAAAUUGAGCAUGCCAAUUUAUUAAAGAGUAUGAUUUAUAUAUCUAUGAUUAUUUAGGCUGAUGAAAUAAUUUUAGGUACAUCAUAAUAGAAUGAUUAAAAAUUCGGUUUGGCAUCAAAAUUAUUAUCAGAGGAAGAAUUAUAAUAAUUCAAUGAAGCUCCAAAAGAUUCAAAAGCAAUUCCUGAUUAUUGGUUGAAAGUGUUUAAGAAUGCUGAUUUAUAGGAAUUACCAUUAUCAGAGAGAGAUGAGGAAGCAUUCAAAUAUUUGUAGAGAAUAGAAUUUUAAUUGGCUGAGAAUGAUUCAGAUUUUUUCCUUAAAUUUUACUUUGCAGAUAAUCUAUUUUUCAAAUAAAAUAUUUUGGAGAAGAAAUUUUAUUAUGAGGAUGAUGAAUUAAUAAAAGUAGAAGGGACAAAAAUUGAAUGGCAUGAUGGAAAGAAUUUAACAAAGAAAUUAGUUAAGAAGGUAUAAAAUAAAUAUAUAUAAAUAAUAAUAGAAAUAAAGAAAUAAGAAGACAGGAUAAUUUAGAGUAAUUUCAAAAGAAGUUGAUGAUGAUAGUUUCUUUUUAUUUUUUAGAUCAAUUGAUAUUUCAAAUAAGGAGAAAUAUGAUAAAUUACCAGAAGAUGAAGUAUUUAUAUAAUUGAAAGGAUUAGUAAAUAUCAUUAUAAGGUUAAUUGGAUGUAGAUUAAGAUGUGGGUAGAGAAAUAGUUGAUGAAUUAUUGCCAUAUUCUCUUGAAUAUUUUUUAGGAAUAAAAGAAUUUAAGACUGAAGAUGAUGCAGGUGCUGAUGGUGAAGAUGAUGAUUCAGAAGAUGAUGAAGAAGUAGAAGCUUAAGCUAAAGGAUAAAACAAAGGAAAAGAUAAGAAGAAAAAAUGA